GAGAGAGAAAAAGAAGAGAGAUUUUUUUUUGGGAAAUUAGGGUUCCAAAAAUUUCGAACUAAUGUUCACGCCACAGAGAAAACCGUGGAUGUCACCGGCGAUGACUCCGAGAAGCGAUACGCGUAAAAUCGGCGGUGUUACUAACCCUAGAAACGUUGAUAGAAAGGGAAAGGCCGUUGCUUUUAGCGAUGACCUAGUGAUAUCGACUCUCCCACCGCCUCCGAUUGGAACACUGACCGGAGAAGGCGUUUCUCGAGGUUACACUGAUGAUAUGGAUAUGAGUGAUUGGAGAAGGUUUAGGGAAGUGGGUUUGUUGAAUGAGGCUUCAAUGGAGAAGAAAGAUCAAGAAGCUCUUCUUGAAAAGAUCUCCACACUUGAAAAAGAGUUAUAUGGCUACCAGCACAAUAUGGGGCUUCUUCUCAUGGAGAACAAAGAGUUGGUUUCAAAGCACGAACAACUAAAUCAGGCAAUCCAAGAAGCUCAAGAAAUCCUUAAAAGGGAACAGUCGUCACAUCUGUAUGCGUUGACGACUGUCGAACAACGCGAAGAAAACUUGAGAAAAGCUUUGGGUCUGGAAAAGCAAUGUGUGCAAGAGCUUGAGAAGGCUCUUCGUGAAACUCAAGAGGAGAAUAGCAAGAUGAGGCUGACUUCUGAAGCUAAAUUAGUUGAAGCUAAUGCUCUGGUUGCUAGUGUUAACGGGAGAUCUUCAGACGUGGAAAACAAGAUUUACUCUGCCGAAAGCAAGCUCGCAGAGGCAACUAGAAAGAGCUCCGAGCUGAAAAUGAGAUUGAAGGAAGUGGAGACUCGUGAAAGUGUCCUGAAACAAGAGCGGCUUUCAUUUGCUAAAGAGCGAGAAUCAUAUGAAGGGACUUUCCACAAGCAAAGAGAGUACCUUAAUGAAUGGGAGAAAAAGCUUCAAGAAAAGGAAGAAAUAAUGACUGAGCAGAAGAGAAGCCUGAAUCAAAGAGAGGAAAAGGUUAAUGAAAAAGAAAAGAAACUGAAGCUGAAAGAAAAAGAACUUGAAGAAUGGAAUAGAAAGGUUGAUUUGUCUAUGUCGAAGUGUAAAGAAACUGAAGAGGACAUAACGAAACGAUUGGAAGAAUUGACUACAAAAGAGAAAGAAGCUCACACACUCCAGAGCACGCUAGUGGCAAAGGAGAAUGAGUUACGAGCCUUUGAAGAGAAGCUCAUUGCUAGAGAAGGGACAGAAAUUCAGAAGCUUAUUGAUGAUCAGAAAGAGGCAUUAGCUGCCAAGAUGCUGGAAUUUGAACUGGAAUGUGAAGAAAGAAGAAAAUCUCUGGGCAAGGAAAUCCUAAGAAAGAUAGAAGAGCUCGAACGACAGAAAGUUGAAAUUGAUCAUAGCGAAGAGAAGUUGGAGAAAAGGAAUCAAGCAAUGAAUAAGAAGUUUGACCGAGUGAAUGAAAAGGAGAUGGACCUUGAAGCAAAGUUGAAAACUAUUAAAGAAAGAGAAAAGAUCAUACAAGCUGAGGAGAAAAAGUUGAGUUUGGAAAAACAACAGUUGCUUUCUGAUAAGGAGAGUCUGGAAGAUCUACAACAAGAGAUUGAAAAAAUCCGAGCUGAGAUGAUGAAAAAGGAAGAAAUGAUUGAAGAAGAAUGCAAAAGUCUUGAAAUCAAGAAAGAAGAGAGGGAAGAAUACCUGAGACUGCAAUCUGAACUCAAGUCCCAGAUAGAGAAAUCUAGACUCCACGAAGAGUUUCUUUCUAAGGAAGUUGAAAAUCUGAAGCAAGAGAAAGAGAGAUUUGAAAAGGAGUGGGAAAUAUUGGAUGAGAAGCAAGCAGAAUACAAGAAAGAACAGAUACGAAUUUCUGAAGAAAAAGAAAAGUUUGAGAGGUUUCAACUACUGGAAGGAGAAAGAUUGGAGAAAGAAGAGAGUGCUUUGAGGGUUCAGAUCAUGCAAGAACUGGAUGAUAUUAGACUGCAGAGAGAAUCAUUUGAAGCCAAUAUGGAACAUGAACGAUCAGCGUUACAUGAAAAAGCCAAACUUGAGCAAUCUAAGGUGAUUGACGAUCUUGAAAUGAUGAGAAGGAAUCUUGAAAUUGAACUUCAGAAAAGAAAAGAACAAGACGAGAAAGAGCUACUAGACAGAAUGGCUCAGUUUGAGGACAAAAGAAUGAAAGAGCUUAGUGAUAUCAAUCACCAGAAGCAGGCUUUGAAUAGGGAGAUGGAAGAAAUGAUGUCCAAAAGGAGUGCUCUCCAAAAGGAAAGUGAAGAUAUUGCAAAGCACAAGGAGAAACUAAAAGAGCAGCAAGUAGAGAUGCAUAAUGACAUCAGCGAACUUAGUACACUCAGCAUCAACCUCAAGAAACGUAGGGAAGUGUUUGCCCAUGAAAGAGCUCGUUUUCUAGCAUUUGUUCAAAAGCUCAAGGAUUGUGGGAGUUGUGGACAGCUGGUAAAUGACUUUGUACUCUCUGAUCUCCAGCUACCAUAUAUUGAAGCAGAAGCUAUUCUACCACCUAUUGGAGUUUUGAGUGACCUUCCAGGAAGCUCUAAUGCAUCUGACUCUUGUAAUAUCAAGAAAUCUCUAGACGGAGAUACCUCUGGAAGUGGGGGAUCUAGAAGGCCCAACAUGUCGAUACUGCAGAAGUGCACUUCAAUCAUUUUCUCACCAAGUAAAAGAGUUGAACAUGGGACUGACACUGGCAAGCCUGAGCAGCGUCCAUCCUCCUCAGUGGCAGUUGGUAUGGAAACAAAAGGUGAAAAGCCUCUGCCAAUUGAUCUCCGACUGCGUCCAUCUAGUAGCUCAAUUCCGGAGGAGGAUGAGGAAUAUACAGACAGUAGAGUACAAGAAACUUCUGAGGGUUCUCAGCUAUCUGAGCGUCAAAGUGCCAGGCGUGGACGAGGCAGACCUAGAAAAGCCAAGCCUGCUUUGAAUCCUACAAGUUCGGUGAAGCAUGCCAGCCCUGAAGAAUCAUCAAAAGAUGAAUUGAGUGGUCACGUUUCUGUUACUAGAGAGAAGACAACAGGGGGAGGUGGAAGGAAAAGACAGCAUACUGAUGAUACUACUACUGGUGGACAGCGUAAGAGACAGCAGACAGUUGCUGUCUUGCCACAGACCCCUGGCCAAAGACGCUACAAUCUGAGGCGGAACAAGACUGUAGACCAAGUUCCAGCAGAUGUUAAGGAUAAUGCAGCUGGUGGUGAAGAUGAUGCAGACAUUGCUACCUCUGCCCCAUCAAAGGACAAUGUCGAAGAAACUAGCGAAUCUGUGGUGGAGACUCUUCGAGCUAGAAGAAUAGAAACUUCAGAAAUUAGGGUUGCAAAUGUGGAACCAACAGCUCCCUCUGUUGAAGAUGAUCAGAAGCAGAGAACAGUAAAUGAGGAUAUGAAUAAGGAUGGAGAUGGAGAUGAAGAAGAAGAUGAAGCUCAAGAUGAUGAUAAUGAUGAAAUUCAAGAUGAUGAUGAUGAUGAUGAUGGUGAUGAUGAUGAUGGUGAUGAUGAUGAUGGAUCACCAAGACCCGGUGAAGGAUCCAUAAGAAAGAAGCUUUGGACUUUUCUCACUACAUAACCAUCGCACGUGGAUGAUCUAGGAGAUGUUACUUUCACAUUUAUUCUGUAAAACCAUUUAUAGCUUCUUGGAUCCAAAGAGAGACCCUUUUGAUAGGGGUGAAGUUAGAAGAAUUAGAAGCAGAGGCGUGUGUUUUUAAUGAUGUACUUUGAAUUGACAGAACAUAAAAGCCAGAAUCCAAAAGGA